AUGCAGCCAAGUCAACAGCAGGAGCCGUUGUUAUGCAAUGAGAACCCCUCUCGUCCUUUUGAAUCUGUAUUGGCUGAUUUCUUCAGUGUUGCUGGGAAAUCUUUCCUCGUGUAUGUAGACAGGCUAUCUGGAUGGCCAGUAGUGGUAAAAUUUGGUACUAAUACUACAGCAGAAAUAACGACACGUCACUUCAGCCACAUAUUCCGAGAGUUAGGUGUUCCAGUAAGGCUGAUGACAGAUGGUGGACCUCAGUUCACCAGCUCUGAAUUCAAGAAUUUUCUAGGCAGAUGGGGUGUUCAACAUGUGAUAUCCACACCCCACUAUCCCCAAAGCAAUGGCCAUGCUGAGGCAGCUGUAAAGAAGGUCAAACAUUUUAUCGUAAAAGUAGCCCCUUCUGGGAAUAUUGCCACCGAAGACUUUGACAGAGGAUUGUUGGAGAUACAGAAUACUCCUAACUAUGCUGGCCAUUCUCCAGCACAGAUAUUAUAUGGCCAAGACCUCCGAUUAUGUGUCCAGGCCCAUGCAUCAUCAUUCAAGCAGGAAUGGCAAGUGAAAGCAGAAGAAUACGACCAUCGUGUAGCAUCACGUUCUCUAGCAGCCAAAAUACGUUAUGGCAGCCAUGCACACCCUUUGGCACCACUUAAGCUUGAUGAUAAUGUCCGGAUUCAAGACCCUAUCUCUAAGCGAUGGGAUAAGACAGGCAUCAUAAUGGGCAUCGGCAAGUCGCGAGACUACUAUGUGAAGUUACCCUCAGGAAAAAUAUUAUGGCGUAACCACCGUUUCUUAUACCCUAUACAUCUCCCUAAUUCACAAUUGCGGGAUGAGAUGCAACAAUCUCCAUAG